AUGGCUUCCAACCAUUCCCCUGCAAUGCCCUCGGGGAGCGCAGCAGUCUACCCUGAGGCGCGCAAGCCGCAGUCGAUCUCAAUCGGCGGUUUCCGGAUCCUCACUCAGAAGCUUCCCAUUUUGAAAGCCGAACCCAUCGAGGAAAUGACCCAAAAAUUAGGAAUUGCCCCACCCGAGAUGAUAUUUGGGGAUAACUUUGUCGCCAUUGAACAUGAGAAGAGUGGCUGGGGAAUCAAUUUCAACGCAUUUGAUGCGCUGAACCUGGUCGACAAGACCGGGCAGUCGAUGCUGCAAGUCGCAUAUUCCAAAGAGUGGCAACGAAGCAGAGAGAAAACCCAUGAAGGGAUAAAAGAAAUCGUUAAGCCAUUUGACUGGUCCUACAGUACCGACUACACUGGCACUCUCAGCCCCAGUGCGCCUCUGUUUGAGGAAACCACAAAGCCAAUCCCAAUCGAACUCUUAAAGCGCCCAGACCCGAUUCUGUUUUUCGAUGACGUUGUUCUAUACGAGGACGAACUGGCUGAUAAUGGGAUUGCCAUGCUCUCCUGCAAGAUCCGCGUGAUGCCGGGCAGGCUUCUCCUCCUCUCAAGAUUCUUCAUGAGGCUCGAUAAUGUUCUCAUUCGUCUUCGCGAUACUCGUGUCUAUGUUGAUUUUGAGACUCGCGAGGUGAUUCGAGAAUACCAGUCUAAGGAGUGUGAAUAUGAGAAAGUCAGACAGAUGCUGGCCGGUACCCGGGAUGAUAUCCCCGCGUUACUAAGAGAUUCCAACAGAUUAUCGGAGUUGCUUCCUGUUGUCGCGAGGCGCUCGGAACGUGUUGAUCUUGAAACUUGA